AUGUUGAAUGAAAAUAUUAUCCCAGAAUGGUCGUUCAGGCGACUAGAUCUGUUUGAAUAUGAAUCGAUUUCAGCAAGUUCCGAUCCGAUUCGCCAAACCUUUUUAACUACCAAAAUACUACAUGUCUUGUCAUCACAAUUAAUCGUUCCAUUGAGCGCUGUGGUAACGUUCACAUAUACCACCCAUGAAUUUAUAAACACAUCAAAAAGUCAUUAUGGUUUAGGAUAUGUCUUGAGAGUCUCGUGUUUGAUACAAACAAACGAAAGACAUUUCGACGAUGAGGAUUUAUAUACCCAUUUCGAGACCAUCGUACCUUACCGAACAGUAACGCCAUCUAUGAUUAAUAACAAUUACUGGUUUAUGUCAUGGGAUAUAAAAGAAAAUCGAAUAGCAAAUUCAAGUCAAAUGGCUGAUCCAACAGAACGAUAUUCGAAACGAAAGAGGAAAUACACGACUUCAUUUUCAAAUGUUUCUCAAGAAGAAGCGGAAGAUUCACUUGGAUUUCGAUUCCAGAAAUUCUACAAAUCUCAAAUACCAAUCGAUCAAUUUAUCACGAAAACAGCACCAGAAGAAUUGAAGAAAAAAAUAUAUGAUCGCUUGAUUGAUGGAAUUGCAUCAGAAGGAUUUCCAGAGGCAACAAUUGCACCGAUGAAUGAAGCAGUUGUCACUGAUUUCGUUGGAGAUAUUUUGAUAGCGAUGGUGGCUCAUAGCAAUCGCACGAUACAUCAUGAUGAAUUAAUAUUAUCUCGAGAGAAACAAAUCAUCAGCAAAGACGAAGAAUAUGGUGGAAAUAUGGAAUUUAUAGUAACUCAUAAUAUUGAUAACGGGAAGGUUCGUCAUGUCAUUGUAGUUGAAGCCAAACGUGAUGCAUUGGGAAAAGGACUAACUCAACUGUUAUUAGCAUUGAAAUCAAUGUGGGAAACAAAUAACGAUCAGAAAACAGUUUUUGGAUUUGUAACGACAGCCACCCUAUGGCAAUUAGUCACAUUUGAUGGUCAAAUAUGGAAAUUAUCAGAAUCAAUGAUAGUUUUAUUUGGAAAUAUGCCUAAUGAAGAAGAUCGAUGGUUGAAAAGCAAUACACAACUCUUAGACGUGAUUUACACAAUUUUGUCAUCAUUGUGA